AUUUGCUGGUGAUUGGUGGUUUUGUGAAGUAUAGUGUGUUGUGGGUAUAUAAAAGGAAAUCGGAGUGCGGUGGAAAUUUAGUUGGUUAAGGGAAAUUGUGAGAAGUUUGUUGUGUGGAUUGUGUUGUAAGAUCUUAUUUGAUAGUUUGAUAGCAAAGGUUGUUGUAGUAAGGUGGAGAGUGGUUUGGAGUGCCUGGGAAGAGGUGUUUGAAUGGAUUUUGGCAGAUUUGUGACAAGAUUAAAAUCGGAAAAAUUUGGAGAACAUGACUUUCAUUCCGAUUUUUGUUGCGGUUGUUUGGUUGUAUGUUUGAGUUGUUUUUGUAUACAUGCCAUUUUAGGUGUAUGGUUUUUAUUGGUAUUGAAACGAAAAUGGGGGACAAGAAUUUGGUUGCAAAUCGUUGACGACAGUGGUGUUGUGGAUGUUGUGGGAUAUAAUCAAAUUCAACAGCAAUUAUUUGGACAUUCAGCUGCUGCGCAUCAAAGCGGAUUGAUUGGGAUUCACGAUUUUUCAGCUAUGAAUAAGCAAUAUCGCGUCAUACUGAAACAGUCUUAUGCUUAUAUUGAAGGUCGGAGCAAAGAAACAAUCAGCAAAACGUAUAUGGAAGAAAAAAAGCCAGGUAUAACCUUUUUUACGAGAAUAAAUUAA